AUGGCCGAGAGAAUAGAUGGGGGACUCGCAGGUGACGCCGGCUGGAAGAAGAAGCACCUAAGAGAACCAUCAAAGCAGCUGUGCAUGUCUCGUUGGCCAUUAAUUCCUCCCUCCCUUUUCCUUUCCACGUUCCUUCUCGCUCAUCCUUCUCAUCAACACAAACGCAUCUUCCACCAUCAGCAGCCGAGGCAGCCGAUGGUGGACUGGGCCCCUGUGGUGGUAGGGGUGGUGUUGUUCGUGGUGCUCACGCCGGGGCUGCUAUUCGAGCUGCCGGGGACGUAUGGGAGGAUCGACUUCGGCGGCCUCCGCACCACCGGCAAGUCCAUCUUCGUCCACACCCUUGUCUUCUUCACCAUCUUCGCCGUCAUCAUCCUCGGGUUCGAAGUCCACAUCUACACCGGCGCGCCUAGCUAG